CAUUAGAAUAUGUUCUUCUUUUAUGUUGUUUUCUCACUCAUUUAUCUUUAAAUUUAACUCCUCAGACGAGACAAUGAGUUGAGUCAGUUCCUUUAAAAAAAAGUAGGGGAAGCGUAGCCUCUUGGUUACAUUUUUGGUCUUGUGUGGCGUUAUUGUCUCGGAUGCUCGAAAAUGGCGGUGUUUUAUUUGUGAAUGUAGUAGCCGUUUGAAGACAAGAUGAAUAAUACAAUCACAUCAAGCAGCGGUCAGGUGGCAAAAGUGACAGUGAGAAGGAGUGAAUGUUCAGAUGCUGAAGCCAUUGAAAACCUCCUCAGCCCUGAAGCCUUGGAGCUUUUUGGUCCCAUCAAUGUCCUUCAACUCCUGGAGAAGGCCAACCUGGCGGUGACCUUGGCCAGCGAGGAAGGUGACGUGAUGGCCCACGCCUCAUUCUUUGACCAUCCCGUCGCUUCACUGGUUGAUCCACCUCACUGGGAAUCUUUCUUCUGCAAGCACUUCAAAGCCGAUGCCUUGACGCCGUGGAACACGCUCUUCAUUCAUCUGUUUGUGUCCCAGACCGCCUUCUCCGCUGCAAGCUUUCAGCAUAUCAUGAGUGCCGUGUUCAACACCACCGCCGAGCUGGACUUUGUGUGCCUGUUGAGCUCAACGUCGGUCCGCUUAGAUGCGGCAUUGGAUGAGUUGUUGGAGCCUCUGCAACGUCUGACUGAAGAAGAAAAAGAAGAAGAAGAAGAAGAAGAAGAGGACGAAAAAGACAAAGCAGCAGCUGAGUUGAUGGCAUUCGUGUGUCACCGACGACGACUUUGUCCGAGACUUCAUGUCCGGCCUGCAAGGGUUGAAGACCACGAUGACGUCAUGCACAUCGUGGCUCAGCAGACGAAGAUCUUGUCGGUCCUGAAGCGGCCCUACUUCCUGUCGGAGCUCAUCGAGGCCCAGGAUGAGAACAACCACGCCGCCGUGUGCGAGUGCGACGGCACCAUCACCGGUUUCAUCAGCGUCACCGCAAAGGUGGACGUGAGGCGACUGCAGGAACAUUUCGACCUGAAGCAUUUUGGCGGCUUGUGCAAAGCCGAGCAUGACGCCGGCGACGCGGACGACUCUGCAAGCCAUGCUGAGCCUCAUCAUCCUCAUGAAGCGGAGGAACCGCCGCAAGAACCGCAACCAGAACCUCGAGAAGAACCCGAAUCAGAAGGACAACAAGAAUGCCAGGAGGAGGACGAGGAGGUUCUGUCUGCAACAUCUGACGAAACCUCAGGGGAACCCAACGCCUUCUGUAUCCAGUUCUUCUUCUCUGAGAGGAACUACGAGAUAAGAUCACUGGACUUGAUUCCAUACAUAUUCCAACUCUUCCCAGAUCUGGACUUCUGCAUCAUCACGGUCCCUACGAUAUCUCUGGACUUCCCGCUCCUGCAGAAUUUCCUGAGAGUUCCUCCGCGACCCGGCAGCCUGUUGCCCUCCGACCUUUACAUUCUGCACCGCGACGGGCUGAGGAGCGUCGACGUGCGACCGGCGCUGGAGUCCGACCGGGACGGCCUUGCCGACCUGGUGCGGCGCGUGAGGAGGGGGAGAGUUGCCCUGCUGCGGGAUCUGGAUCUCCUCUUGGACAACCAAGCCCCUGCGCUUGGUACACGCGCACACGUUGACGGCAGCCUGACCCCGACGCAGGCCGAGUGUCCUCUGCAGGCCUUUGUGGCAGACGUGGACGGCAUCCUGGUGGGGUUGCUGAUCAUCAGAGAUGAGACGAACAUGGAGUACAUCCGGGCCCGCUACAAUAUCGAGAACUUCAUCUACUUCAGCCAUCACGGCGUCCAGGAGCACGCUCAGCUGCGCCACUUUGUGCUCCGUCGCUGCUUCCAACACUUCAGCCGACAUUUGUUCAAGGAGACCCUGCGGUUGGCCCGCAAGUCCAGCCUGUACCACCGCGUGUACCCGCUGGGCUCGGGCCGGGAGGACGGCUGCGUGGAUCAUCUGGACUUUGUCCUGGACUGCGCCGUGCCCGUGCGUCCCCGCCGUCAGAUCAUCUACCCUCUCGAGGAGCUCGGAUUCAACGCGCCUGCCAGGAGCAUCACUGAAGAACAGGCUCCGUUUGCUCUCAACCUCAUCAGCCGCAAGCUGACCAUGGAACCAAAGGUCACAGUCAACGCCAGGAUCGUCCUGGUGGGGGCGUCGGACACAGGCCUGUCCUUCCUCGAGGUGCUUUGUUUCUGCCCUCACCUGAGAUUCAACAACCUCACCCUCAUCUCCACGCACGGUUUCCCCGCCGACUAUGGCCCGGCCGGCAUCAAGUUCCUCUCCACCAGCCACGCCUACAACAGUAGAGAAAUGGCGCAGCUGCCGCUGCGUUCCUGCGUGGCCGAGGUUGCCGCGAAGAUGGUCGCCAUCAACAGGAAGUCUAAACACGUGGUGGUGUCCGGCGGUGCCAAGAUUCCCUACGAUUACCUCGUCCUCUGUACCGGCCUGCAGUACCAGGUGCCUUGUCCAACGCGAGUGGAUCAGGACCAGGCCGAGACAAAUGAGCAGCGGAAGGAAGCGUCCUUCCCCCCCAGAUACACCGGCACCGUGCCCUCCAAUUUCUUCACCCUCAACGACCCGCACGACUGCAACACAGCUCGAGACUGGCUGCUCGAAAACUUUGUGAGGAAGUCAGAUAACGCCGUCGUCUACGGGAAGGGCCUUGACGUCUUCACCACCGUGGAGAUGUUACUCCGCAUGGGAGUGCGGGGGUCCUGCAUCCAUCUGGUGCUGACACCCCCUGCAGGUCACGUCGCAAAUGACAACCCUCCUCCGAGCGAUGCCACCGACGACACCAAAGACUCACCUCGUGAGACAACCGUCACCAGUGAUUCGCCGCCUGAAAGUGAUGUCACCAAUGACCCGCCCCCUGAGAGCGACGUCACCAACUAUUCGCCUCGCCAGAGUGACGUCACUUCCGAUUCGCCCCGCCAGAGUGACGAGACCGACGACUCGCCUCGUACGACGACCGUCGCCAAUGAUUCGCCUUGUGAAAGUGAUGUCACCAAUGACCCGCCUCUUGAGAGUGAUGUCACUCACGAUUCGCCCCGGGAGAGCGACGUCGCCAACGAUUCACCUCGUGAAAGCGAUAUCACCGAUGAGUCGCCUGGCGAGAGUGACAACGAUUCACCUGGUGAAAAUGACAUCACCAACGACCCGCCUCCCGAAACCGACGCAACCACUGACCCGCUUGCCGAGAUUGACGUCGCCGACGAUUUACCUUUUGAAAGUGAUGUCACCAGCGAUUCACCUCUCGAGACCGACGGGACCAACGACCCUCCUCCUGAGAUUGACGUCACUAGUGAUUCGCCUCCUGAAAUCGACGACAGCAAUGAUUCCCCUCGUGCGAUUGAUGACACUAGUGAGUCGCUUUCCGAAAGCGAUGUCACCAACGAGUCGCCGCCCGGGAGUGACGUCACCCAAAGUUCGCCUCCUGCGAGUGACGUCGCAGACGAGUCGGCUCAUCGGAUUGGUGUCGCUGGCAGUCCGGCUCUGGAAAACGGCACUUCCGGGGACCCGCCCCCCGAUAGCGGCGUCGCCGAUGACCCACCCCCCGAACCCCGCGUGGCCACCGACUCACCUCCCAAAAUGAUCUCCAACGAGCCGCCCCCCGAGCCGAGGGGCGUCUACUUUUCCGACGCGGGCGUGGAGAGCGCAGUGAUGGCGGCUCUGGAGGCGGCUCAGGUCCACAUCCACCGCGAUUGCCUUCUGAUGCAGAUGAACAACGGCGAGCAUCCCGAUCCUCUCACGUCCGUUUCCUUCAGCACCGGCUCGGAAGCCCUCCAACUGUCCUGCGGCGUGUUCAUCAACCUGUCCAGCCGAGGCGUGGACUACGACGCCUUUGGCAGCAUCAACAGCUCCUUCCUGGUGUUCGACGGCCGGCUGGUCAUCGACGGCGCCUUCCGAACCAACGACGCCGCCAUCUGGGGGGCCGGCCCGCUCACCAAGUUCUCUCGCUCGUACUACAGCGACGAGUGGUCGCACGCCAACUUCAACUCCAAGGAGGUGGGUCAGGAGCUGGCGACCAUGUUGCUGAGGCACUUUGACCCGACGCUGGAGGCCCACCGCGAGAUCCCCGGCGCCGCCGACCGCCUGGUUCCCGUUUACAAGCGGCCCAAGAUCCAAGGUGGCACGUUGCCGGGACGACUAAACUAUCUUUGCGUGACUAAACCGGUCGCCAGCGGCCCGCGAGGACCUUCCGUGGCAUGCGGCCGGCGCAUCGCCACGGGCCGCCCGGAGAGCGGCGACUACUUCUGCCUGCAUCUGGACCGCAACCAGGUGGUGGAGACCAUCACCUGUUUGUCCCUCCAGCCGCUCCCCGUCCACAACCUGAUGUGUUUGUACGGCAAACACCAGCAACUCCUUGGACAGCUGCUGGUCAGAUUGCAGCUGCGGCAGAUCCACGACCUCUACAGCUUCUUCAGGCAGAGUUGGUGUUUGGCCAUCUUUCAUGACCGAUUCUCCGACUUUGAGGAGGAGCUCCUCCAGGGCGACGCCAAGGUUGACUGCGAGGAGCCUCAGGGCGCCGCCCCUCGGGACUUGAUGAAGAACCCCAGCAGCAGGGCGCCGCUGAGGAUCAACGCCGCCAAAUAUUUGUCCUUUAACCGCAACCUGCUGCCCAUGUUCACUUGCCCCGAGGACUUGUGACAUCAUCGCCGGUGACUCCUUCGUCAUUGUCAUCAUCAUCAUCAUCCCAUUUGGCCGCAGGUGGCGACAGUAGGCACAUCCUGCGGUCGAGUCCAACCGCAGAUGCUCUCCAAAGUGGCAAAGCUCAAUCAAGCUCAGGGGCCACGUUUGCUCCAAGUACGGCCUGAAAAUAGGC